ACCGGAGUGGGAGGAGAGCGCUGGCCAUGGCGGCGCCCGCAGCGCUGCAGCGGAGCGUGGUGUCCCCCGCGGGCAGGCACUCCGCCUCCCUCAUCUUCCUGCACGGCUCAGGUGAUACUGGCCAAGGAGCAAGAGCAUGGAUAAAACAAAUUUUGAAUCAAGACAUGGCAUUUCAACAUAUAAAAGUAAUUUACCCAACGGCUCCUGCCAGGCCAUAUACACCUAUGAAAGGAGCCUUUUCCAACGUGUGGUUUGACAGGUAUAAGAUCUGUAAUGACUGUCCUGAACACAUUGAAAGCAUUGAUUCUAUGUGCCGGGGCCUUACAGACCUGAUCAAUGAUGAGGUUAAGAACGGCAUUGCCAAAAACAGGAUACUCAUAGGAGGCUUUUCAAUGGGAGGUGGAAUGGCAAUGCAUUUGGCAUAUAGGUUUCAUCAGGAUCUGGCAGGAGUCUUUGCCUUGUCUAGUUUUCUCAAUAAAGACUCUGCUGUUUACCAGGCUUUGAAAAGAAAUGAAAAUGCUCUUCCAGAAUUAUUUCAGUGCCAUGGAACUGCUGAUGAACUAGUUCUCUACUCAUGGGGUGAAGAGACCAACAAGAUGUUAAAGUCUCUGGGAGUAUCAGCAUCACUUCAUACUUUUCCAAACCUCAAUCAUGAGCUGAGCAGAACUGAAAUAGAAAAAUUAAAAUCCUGGAUUGUAAAGAAAUUGCCUGUUGAAGCACCAAAGGCAAAUGAAUAAAUGAAGAUCCAGCCUCA